CAUGUGUCAAGUUUGUCAAAUGGUGGCGUUGCUGCAAUCACGUGAUUCGAUCGAAUGCUUUUUAUAACUUCGAAUGCCCUUCAUUCGACAUUUUAAGCGUGUCUUUCGGGCAGGUUGGUAGCGUCUUUGGAUCCGCAUUAACGGCAAAAUAAUGGCAAAAGUUGGUAUCAACGGGUUCGGUCGCAUCGGGCGUUUGGUGUUGAGGGCCGCUUUGGAAAAAGGCACCCAGGUGGUGGCGAUCAACGAUCCCUUCAUCAACGUCGAUUACAUGGUGUACCUUUUCAAAUUCGAUUCGACCCACGGCCGUUUCAAGGGCGACGUGAGCAGCGACGGUCAAAAUUUGGUCGUCAACGGUGCCAAGAUCCAAGUUUUCCAAGAGAGGGACCCCAAGGCGAUCCCCUGGGGCAAAGCCGGCGCCGAAUACGUCGUCGAGUCGACUGGCGUGUUCACCACGAUCGAGAAAGCCUCCGCCCAUUUGGAAGGUGGCGCCAAGAAAGUUAUUAUUUCGGCCCCGUCGGCCGACGCCCCCAUGUACGUCGUCGGGGUGAAUCUGGACAAGUACAACCCCGCCGACAAGGUCAUCUCGAACGCAUCGUGCACCACCAACUGCCUCGCGCCCCUCGCCAAGGUAAUCAACGACAAUUUCCAAAUUGUCGAGGGUCUGAUGACCACGGUGCACGCGACCACCGCCACCCAGAAAACCGUGGACGGUCCGUCCGGUAAGCUGUGGCGUGACGGCCGCGGGGCCCAACAAAACAUCAUCCCGGCCGCUACGGGGGCCGCGAAAGCGGUCGGCAAGGUCAUCCCCGAGUUAAACGGCAAACUGACUGGGAUGGCAUUCCGCGUGCCCGUCGCCAACGUCUCCGUCGUAGAUCUGACGGUCAGGUUGGGCAAGGGAGCGACCAUGGACCAGAUCAAGAGCAAGGUCAAGGAAGCGGCCCAGGGACCCCUCAAAGGUAUCCUGGGCUACACCGAGGAGGAGGUGGUGUCCUCCGAUUUCAUCGGCGACACGCACAGCUCGAUCUUCGACGCGAAGGCGGGCAUUUCGCUGAGCGACACUUUCGUCAAGCUGAUCUCGUGGUACGACAACGAGUACGGCUACUCCAACCGCGUCGUCGAUCUGAUCAACUUUAUCAAGAGCAAGGAUUCUUAAGCCGUCAAAGGUUAACACCGCUUUUUAAAAGUUGGUUAAUAAGUCGCGCGUUUGGCGUAAAAAAAAAUUAUAAUAAACCUUAUAAUCGUCGCUACCCUCUCCGGUGUCCACGUGUUUCGUUUUAUAGCGUUUAGUCUUUAAAUUAUUGUACGGUUUUUGUUAUGUGGAAGUUUAAAGGCGUCUUUUUUUUUCCUGUGAAUGUAGCUUGAACAUCGAGAAAUAGGCGUC